AAACUUUUAGCACUGCAAUAGAGACAUUUUGACAUUUUCACUUUCAUUUUUGUUGACAUUGUAGGACAAUGUAGCAGUUAUCAUGUUGGUAGUCUUUGUGUAUUUGUUAUUUAAAUGUUUCGCUAUAUAUCUCAGUUUAUUUUUACUUUAGACUUAAAUUAUAAAAAACAAUAAGAACUAUAUAUUGGUAUGCAAGCAUCAUGUGACACAAUCAAUCAGUGUUUUUAAAUUAUGAAGAAGUUUAAAAGGAGAAGCUUUGGAUCAGGAUCCAGGCUUGAACAGCAUCAUGAAGAGGCACCAGUUCUGGACCUAUCAAGAGAUGUUGCCGAGAACAUGAAGGAAUUGCUGACUGAAAUAACUAAAAAAGAACACAUGUCCACCUCUAAAAGAAUGGGCUACCUGAAUAAUUUUUCACAGUUUAUUAGAAGCGUUCCACUAACAGCAAAUUUUGGAUUUUCACUGGAUGAAGUAACAGCUUGUUUGCGCAUCUCAUUGAUUAGUCCUGCGAAAGAAGUUCGAGCUGCUGGUUUUCGUGCUUUUCGACAUCUUCUUAGUGAUGAAGAAAGUCUUAAUAUUUUCCUUAACCAAAGAUUAGAUAUAUUUAUCUGCAAGUCUCUUGAUCUACCUCCAUCUGCUGAAGUCGAGAGAGUCCAAGCCUUACGGCUGGUUCGGAAGAUGGUGUAUCUCUGCCCGCAUGCUUUCCCUAUUUCGUUAGCAAUGACUUUAUCUGCUGUUAGCUGUGAUACUUCUCAAGAAAAGGAUCGCAUGUCAAGAGCUUGUCUUGCAACCCUUUGUGAACUAGCUGUUCAAAAUACAAAGAUAGCUGCAUACAGUGGGGUUAUAGGUGCCAUUAUAUCAAAUGCAUUAGACUGCUCAGUACCACGCAUGAAUGAGUCUCUUAUAUGUACAAUAUUGUAUCUGUUUAACCAUCCAAAUUAUCGUUGUUAUGUUAGAAGGAAAGUUGGACUUGAGCCAAUUCUUGCACCAUUUACUGAUCUAUACUAUACACAUCAUUCAGAUGUUCCCGACAACCUGAUAAAAGAAGAUCGUUUAAAUAGGAUUGAAAGCGCAAAACUCGCAUUUGUUGCUAUCAUAAGGUCCUGGUCAGGACUUGUUAGUCUCUGUGAUCCAGAUGAUAAUAACAUAGAAUCUGUUCUUGGUGUGUUUAAAUUACCUAAUAUGAAUAUCCGCAAAGCAAUCAUAGAUACAUUAUUUGAAAUAUUUUGUUUGAGACAACCAAAGAUGACUGAUGAUUAUGUUGCCGCACUAAGAAGUGUGGAUCCUUCAUCAAUGCAAGAAACCUGGAAGUUAACAGAGUCAUUUUUACUACCUGAAGCUGAUGCUGUUCUUCCACAUCGAGCUCAAUCAACAAGAGCAAAUCUAAUUGAGGGCUACUUAUCAUUAGUAUUGUGUGCAUUUAUCGAAGCUGGAAUUCUACAGAGCCUAGUACAAGUUAUUACGACGAGUGAUGAUUUUAUUUGUAUACGUGGUUCUAUCUUGCUUGGUGAGUUACUGGACAUGGCUAAUAUGUUACUACCUCCAUCUUACUCUGCAAAUACUCAUUGUUUACCAUCACUAAUGUCACUAGCUACAAAUCUUGAUAAGACACCUGAAGAAAGAGGAAAAGCCAGUGCUGCUGUUGGUUAUCUUGAUCAGUUACAUCAAAUGAAGAAGCGAGGAACUGUUCCAAAUACUCUUUUUAUGGAACAACUUCUUACACAGACUGCUAAUAACCUCCAAGCUGCUCAAAAAUCUAAGUCACGACAAGAUAAAGUGGAAAUACAGUGCACAUGGAGGGACAUGGACGAAGUGUUGUCUGCAAUAAGAGAAACACAAGUGAUGUUAACGCAAGAUAAUGAAUAUAGGAUUUGGAACUGGGAUCUUAUUAGCACUAUACUGGAGUCUCCGAAAAUGUCAAUUAAAAGACCAGAUGAGCCUAUCUUUUACAGAUUUAUCAAAAGGUUAACAUUUUUCUACAAACCUUUGCAAAAGUUAUAUUCCUCUAUUAACCAAACUGACCCAAUGGCUAGGAUAUAUUCAACAGUGGCUCUCCAAUUGACAGAUUUUUUGCUGCAGCGUGAGGAACAACCAGAGGGAGAGCGACUUUUAGUAGAAGUUUUACAAGAAAUUAGAGAUUGCUUGGGUGAGGCUACCCAGCCUGGUAUCUUGAAUGGUAUUUUUAGCACCCAAAGUCUUAACGAAACAUUAGCUCGGGAUUAUUUUCUUAUAAUUGGGCGUCUGUCUUCAUCAGAGAAUGGAUUAAGGAUGUUAGACAAAACACCUGGAGUAUUUCAAUAUUUGAUGGAAAUCUGUAGCAUGGCUGGAAGAGACAGUUUGGUGAAAUUAAUUACAUCUUGCUUUGAUUACGGAAGAAAUGGUAUAGCUAGAGUGUUAUUAUCAAAAUCGUUAACAGCUUCACCUUUGUCGUCUCGAUUAUACGCUACCAAACUCUUACGUGUUUUGCUGCGUGUAAAAAGCCCAUAUUUCAGCAACUGGGGUAUUGAAUUCUUAACCAAUCAGCUUUAUGAUCAAGAAGCAGAAGUGGUUGAAACGACAAUAGAUAUUUUAGAAGAGGCUUGUGAAGAUGAGGCUAACCUACAGAGACUAAUUGAAGUGAAACCUGCAUUGCUACACCUGGGAGAUCACGCAAUUCGUCUGAUGUCACGAUAUGUUUCGGUUGCUAGAGGUUUUACUUACUUAUUAGAAAUGGACUAUUUGAAUCCGUUGGUGGAAGUGUGGAAAACUACGUUUAAUCGCGAAUAUGUGCAUUGGAUUGAAUUGGAAAUAGCAGAGUCUUUAAGUUUGUACGAAAGACAUGGAACAGAUGGCGGUUACAUUAGAAGAUCAAAUUCUAAAUUUGUCCAAAGAAAAGAUGUUUAUGUCUUACCGCAUCUCUAUGGAGAGUUGUCGAAACAUAGACAGGGAAUUCAACUGAUACAAGAACAGAAUUUAUUAUCAAACGCCAUUAAUGUAAUCACACAACAGUGCACUGAAAAUUCAUGUGACAUUCUCCACAUGAAGGCUGCUCUCUGGUCCAUAGGCCACAUUACAUCUACCAGUCUGGGUAUGAACUUGGUACAAAAUAACAAGCGGCCAUCGCAACUGUCUACAGGAACUGACUCGUGUACCGCCGAACAGGGAAAAGAGGAAGACGAUACAAGUCAUAGUAGUGAACCAGAUAUCAUCGAACGUAUUGUCGACAUGGCGUUAAAUUGUGAAGUACUUACGCUGAGAGGAACGUGUUUUUAUGUGCUUGGUUUGAUCGCAAGUACAUCAGUAGGUGCGGAUAAGUUGGAAGAUUUAGGCUGGGAGAGUGUUCGACAUAGAGGAUCAGAUAAAUGGCCUGUUAUUGAACAAGAUAUGAUGUAUUUUUUGGAGUCAGACGCAUCCGAUGAAGAGCAAGUCAGUGAAACUGGUGAUGAAGGUGAUGCGGUUGUAGCUGAAGCACCUGCCCAAGAACGGUUUGGUGGCAUUUACCUAGGUGAAGACAUUGGAGAUGGAGAAGACGAAUCCGAACCUCCGUUGUCAUUUGAGUAUGCCAUAUAUACGUAUGGUGAUAAGGAGAGAAAAGGAAAGAAACAGAGAGCGCUCACCAGCGAUGAAGCUAGAUACUUUCAAUAUAUGUCUUCACAAUCGGAUGAAACUAUAGAAACUAAUAUGAAAAUGAAAUUCUUCGAUGUUAAUAGUCAAGGUUAUAUGUAUGAAAAGGGAUCGGAUGGUUUGCUGUCCGGGCUUGAAAGACUUAAUUCAAAUAGUGGAAUUUAUUUAGGUGAAGACAGUUCUGUGCCAUUUUCGGAACAUAAACCGCCAGAUUAUUCCAAUCCGGACACUAUAAGGGGUUUUAAAAGUUUUGAAGAUUUUAUGCCUUUUUUGGCCGGUAAGAAUCCGGAUGCAACCUCGCCUGUAGCGGACGAUGCUGAUAGCUGUCGGUCAAGUAUGAAAACGAAAGCCAUAUUUGACGAUGCUGGAAUAUACUUAGGUGAGGAGGAAAUAGAGGAUCAAAUUGAUGAUUCGAUGAAUGAUUCGUCCGAAUAUUCGGCAUCACCAACGCCCAGCUAUGACAGGGCGCAUUCAACAGACAUUGCAGAGCCAUUGAAGCCAAUUCGUGAAGAGAAAUCUCAAGAGAGUUUGAACUCAAAAUCGGGUAUUGACGUUUUUAUAGAAGAAGAAAUAUCGGUCGAAUAUUCAAACGAUAAGAAAUCGUUCUCCAACGUUGAUUCAUCGAACGAUACGAGCACACUCGAUAGUUCUGUCAACAUUGACGAUCACACUCCGACGCAGAGUCCAGUAGUAGAUGAGAAAUCGCGAUUCAGAAGUAUAAGUUUAAACGACGGUGCACAUAGAACUGAGAACGAAGCUACUUCUCCGCGUAGUUCCAGUUUCUCAGGUACUGCAAUGUACAACAAGCUGACAACGACGACACAGAACCAGAUAAGGUCGGAUAGUGAUCCUGGUGUUGGUUUAGUACAAAGUUCAAUUGCCAGUAGUGUCAGUAGCCAGGAGAGUGACUUAAUGCGUCCCGAAAGUGGACCAAAUAUAAAAAACUUUAAAAGACUUUCCGGAAGAAAAAAAUCUCGUUCUGAAAACGAGGAUGUUUCAGAUCGGGACCGUUCCAAUAGCAUAAUAUCGGAUUCAAGUUCUGGUAUUAGGUUACGUACUGCUAAAAGGCUACGAGGAGGCUCUACCUUGUCGUUAGGUAUUAGUCCAAAAAGUGCACGUGGUCUAUCGGCAGUAACGUACGAAUCUCCUUACUCGUCCUCGUAUUCUCGUGACGGUAGUUAUGGUUACACAGCUUGGCAAACGCUGAAGAAGCAACGCUCGUUCAAAAAGGAAUUAGACUCGACACUUCGACGACAAAGUGGUGUGUCGGAAAGAAGAAAAUCAUCUAAAAGUCUAGCUUAUCAGUAUCGUCGGUUGAUGGACAUUUCGACUCGACGCGGCAGCACACCAGUAAUGGGAGUUAUGUUACCACGGAGACAGAUCAGUACAGCCUCCUCCGGCGGUAUGGUUGAGGUGAUAGCCAGUGAAGCUUACAGCUCUCCAUCAGAAGAUUAUGUAGGAAGGUGUUUGCCAAAUAAUCUGGCUGAAUUCUUUAGCGUGACACCAUAUGAAUACCUUGGUUCGUGGGCCGAUAAUUCCGUCGAAUUUUCCGAAAGUAAUAACCUGCAAACAUUCGACAACAAAGGUUACGUUCACGCUAGAGAAAGAUGUUUGGCUUGCAAAACUAUAAUUGACAAAGGAGGCAAAAUAUUUAGCGAACAGGAUCUCCCAGAUCACUUGAAGUCGCGCACAUCAAGUAAAGAUUCGCCAGAAGAUGAUGAUUCAGAGUGCUCUGAGCGCGAAACAGAAAACAAGAAUUUGAAACAGAAACUGACCGUACACAAAGAAGUGUUGAGACUGGUCGUCAAUUUGAGCAGUGCUGUUGCGUCGAAAGGAACUCAGCAAGAAAUUCUUUCCCUGCGCAGUCGCUUUCCUUGGGCGUUUCAAGAUUUAUGUUUGUAUUCUCAAGUUAUGGAGCGGCUUGGCAUGUAUUCAUUUCGUCUGACUAUGAGAAGGUUCAUACAAGCGUUAUUUGAAGGUGUUAACUAUAGUCUGAUAUUCGAGACAGCUGAUAAUAUCUUGGGAAGAAAUUUAACUGAAAUCAACGUCUGAUUGUUCAUUUGCGCUAUACGGUAAAACAAGAAAGUGCUACCAUUUUCGUGACACAGAAACUCCAUAAAUUUAAGAUUUACUCGAUAAGUCUUUGCCAUGGUUAUUUCUAUGCAAAUGUAUAAAAUUAAACAUAUUUAUAUAAGAAUUUGUAGUAUCAAUAUUUUUCUUGAAUUUGUAAGUACAUAGAACGGCUUUUUAUGAUCACUAAAAUGGUGACCAACCUGUUGCGCUAGAAAUAUUUAAAGUGUUUCUCUGUUAUUUUCUUAACCAAAACAGACGUGCUUAUGGUGUUGUUAGUGUUGUUUGUGGUUUAAUGAACCUUGCUUUGUUUUUUAACAAUUCGGAUUCCACAUAAAAAAAAGAACUCAGACUUUUUGAUUAGCUUUUUAAGCAUAGAUCUGGAAAAUGUAUAAACGUGAUCGAUUUGCGAUAUUCAAGAGUUAGUUUAGUGUAAGUGCUUUGCUUGGAUAUUGUAAAAUUUUUAGUUCAGUAUAAAUCAAGCUUUCCUUAAAUAUUGUGAAAAUUUUGUGACAUGUCUUUGUAAGUUUUUUGGCAAAACUUGUGUUUUUAAUUUUUUAUUGUAUUUGCGUUUUGUACAUAUUAUUUUUUGUUAGUAGUCAUGUUUUUCUCCAUUACAAGUACUAGCUUUAGCUUUUUUUCCAGAAAUCUUUCCGUUAAGUUUUAAUAGCAUUUUGCUAACGAGUUGCAAAAUUUCAAAUUCGCAUCAGAAGCUAAUGACAAUUUAGCUAAUAGGGUUUACAUCCAACAUCCAGAAUCAUUCUACCAUUUUCUAUCAUUUACCUUAAGGAUUUAAUUUUUGCGAAAUAAACUUUUUGGAAAUAAAAUUUAAUUUUCGCGGGACCAAAAUUUUCACGAAGUUUGCAAGUCCUAAUAUUUAGCGAGAAUUAAAUUUCGAGAAAAUAGAAUUUGAUGACAUUUUAUUUCGCGAUUUAUACCAUUUUUCAAAGCUUUUUAUUGAAAAAAAAGAAACAUAAAAAAGAAUGCUGAAUUGAAAUUCACAUAUAUAUAUUAUAUGUAUUUUUAUGUAAAUUUUUGCGGGAAAUUAUUUUAGCGAAAUUGACAAAAACUCACGAGAUUCGCAAAAUUUGAUGCCCGAAAAAAUUAAUUCCCUUAAGGUAGUAUAAAACGUGUCGUUUUCAGUCGUUUUGUUUGGUUCUUUCAAUCAAUGCUUUAAAUCGGCAGACUAUCUUCAAUUAAAUAGUGUAAAUUUCGUUUUCCUUUAAAACAUCAACUCGAACUUUUGAUGUCAACAUUUAGGAGAUUAGAAUUAUAUGAUAUUUUGCGGUGACAGGAAAUAUCUUUCUUGUCGUGCUCCUUCAAACAAACUUUUAUCAAUGCAUAAAUAUAUAUUUUUGAAUAUUGUGUCAUUUUUUUUAUCGGCACACAGGUUGAUAAUUUAAGAUAAUUUAUUUACUACCUUUAUUGAUGGUAUUUAAAAUAUGAUUUUCUUUUUUUUCUUUUUUUACAUAUAUUAUUUUUACUAUAAUUAUAGUGCAUACAAAAUUAGCGAUUUCUAACAUAGUUUACUCACAGUUUGCUGUACACUUCUGAUUGCAAUGGUCAACGCGAAAGACGAAAUGACAUACGA